AAAUUUCUCAUGUUACCUGUCUCCCUCCCACAAUCAUUACCUGCCCCCUAAAAAUUAAACCUCUUCUUCCAUCUUUUUUUUUUUUUUUUUACUCUCUUCUCCACUCUCCCUCCUGCAAUUGCAAUUCAAUUCUCUCUCCAACAUUGCACUUUCAUACUUUUUGAUUCUCAUUUACUCCCCCCAAAAUUCAUUUAUUAUUCUAAAUAUAAUCCUAUUUUUUUUAUCUUUUUGUUUUGUUUUGUUUGCUGUUUCUCUGCUGCACUUCAUCAGUGUCAAUUUAAUGGAUCUGCAACCCACAAUUUCUCUCUCCUCAACCCACCAUUUUCUCUCUCCUUCAAUGUAGCAGCAAAAAAAAAAUAAAGAAAAAGAAAAAAAAACGACCCAUGAAUCCUCUUUGCUGCAUUGCUCCAGUUUCCGUCGAUCGCGAAAAACCCACUUCAACAAACGUGAUCGGAAAACAUCCAGACUCAGGAUUCGAACACGCGACCUCAUUAAAACACCAGCACCAUCAAAUCAGCAACAAUGGUGGUAUCAAUUUGGGGUUUUCACGGCACAGUUACUCAGCCCAAGUAUCAUCAGUGAGCAGUAACAAUACUUGUGUACCGUUAGAUCAUCAUCAUCAUCAUCAUGAAGCAGAAGAUGUGAUGAUGAUGAACGGUCGAGAUUUGAGGGUGUAUGGUAGUAGUAAUGUAGUAGCUGGGAUCUUGUACAAGUGGGUUAACUAUGGUAAAGGGUGGAGAUCAAGGUGGUUUGUUUUAGAAGAUGGGGUUUUGUCUUAUUAUAAAUUGCAUGGUCCUGAUAAGAUCAUGGUCGCGAGUUCGAGUCCUAGGAGUGAAAAAAAUGGGGUCAGGGUUAUUGGGGAAGAGUCAGUUAAGUAUUUGAGAAAGAAUAAUAGUUGGGGGAAGACUGGUAGUAGUAAUAAUGGAAAUGGGAGUUUAAUUAGUAGUAAUAAUAAUGGGAUUAAUAGUAAUAAUAGUAAUAGUAGUAGUAUUGGUAGUUGGGUUAGUACUAAUAGUAGUUUGUCAACUUAUAAUAAGCAUUGGAAGCCCUUUGGUGAAGUUCAUUUGAAGGUUUCUUCAGUUCGUGCAAGCAAGUCAGAUGAUAAAAGGCUGAGCAUAUUUACGGGAACUAAGACUCUUCACUUGCGUUGCGUGUCCAAAGAAGAUAGAGCAGCAUGGAUUGAGGCACUCUUAGCUGCAAAAGACCUUUUCCCCAGGGUGUUAGCAAGCAAUGAUUUCGCUCCUGAAGAGAUUGCUGUGUCAACAGAGAAGCUUCGACGAAGGAUGUUGCAGGAAGGCAUUGCAGAGCCAGUGAUUAAUGAUUGUGAAUCUAUUAUGCUCAUUGAAGUCUCUGAGCUGCAAAAUCAAUUUAAAGCUCUUCAACGGAAACACGUCUCGUUGCUGAAGACUUUGAGACAGUUAGAGACUGAGAAGAUAGAGUUGGAGACAACUGUAGUAGAUGAAACAAAGAGAAGAGAUUCAUGUUGCGGACAAGGAAAUAGAAGAUUCAGUGAUUUCUAUUCCAUCAUGUCUGAGGGCAGUGGAUCUGAUUCUGAUGUGGACAAUGAGAGUCAAGAUGGCGUGGAUGCUGAAUCGGAUGAAGAAGAUGGUGCAUAUUUUGAUACAAAUGAUUACUUGGCUUCAGAGUUUUUGAGAAGUGCCUCUUGUAGGGGAAGGGAAUCCUUUGCCGAUGCUUGCAGUUCACUAGGGCAGGACUGCUCACAGGAGCUUCAAAUGGGUAUUAGACCUGCGGUAUACCCUUAUAUUAAUCGAAGGGAUAGCUUUCCUGAGCCAAAAGAAAAAGAAAAGCCUAUGGGUUUGUGGUCGAUUAUCAAGGACAAUAUUGGGAAGGACCUCUCUGGAGUUUGUCUUCCUGUUUACUUUAAUGAACCACUCUCUUCACUGCAGAAAUGUUUCGAAGACUUAGAAUAUUCACAUUUGGUGGAUCAAGCUCUUGAAUGGGGGAAGCUGGGAAAUGACUUGAUGAGAAUUUUGCAUGUAGCUGCCUUUGCAGUAUCUGGAUAUGCUUCAACUGAAGGUCGCCAAUGCAAACCUUUCAAUCCCCUUCUUGGAGAGACCUACGAGGCUGACUACCCAGACAAAGGCCUUCGUUUCUUCUCUGAAAAGGUCAGCCACCAUCCUAUGGUUGUUGCUUGUCAUUGUGAGGGCAGAGGCUGGAAAUUCUGGGCUGACUCAAAUCUCAAGGGUAAGUUCUGGGGACGCUCAAUCCAACUGGACCCAGUUGGUAUUCUUACUCUUCAGUUCGAGGAUGGUGAGACCUUUCAGUGGAGCAAGGUGACAACUUCUAUAUACAACAUAAUAAUUGGUAAAAUUUACUGUGAUCAUUAUGGCACCAUGCGCAUCAAAGGAAGUGGUAAUUAUUCCUGCAAGUUGAAAUUCAAGGAGCAAUCCAUUAUAGAUCGGAAUCCACAUCAGGUUCAUGGUUUUGUACAAGACAACAGAACUGGAGAGAAAGUUGCAAUGUUGGUAGGAAAGUGGGAUGAGGCAAUUUACUAUGUCUUGGGGGAUCCCACCACGAAGCCGAAGGGCUAUGAUCCAAUGACAGAAGCUGUCUUGCUCUGGGAGAGAGACAAAUCUGCUACUAAGACUAGAUACAACCUCACACCUUUUGCAAUAUCUUUGAAUGAACUGAUUCCUGGUUUGCGAGAGAAGUUGCCACCAACAGACUCAAGGCUUAGGCCAGAUCAGAGACACUUGGAAAAUGGAGAAUAUGAGCUGGCAAAUGCAGAAAAACUGAGACUCGAACAGUUGCAACGACAGGCAAGGAGGAUACAAGAAAGUGGAUGGCAACCAAGAUGGUUCAAGAAAGACGAGGAUGGUUGCUACCGUUACAUGGGUGGUUAUUGGGAAACAAGGGAACAGGGUAAUUGGGAAGGGAUUCUUGAUAUAUUUGGACAGAGGAGUGACAUUAUUCUACCUUGUAAUAGUAUACCAGAAGAAGAAUGAGCGAUUUUCCUUGCCUGAACUCAUUCUUUUUUCUAUCUAGAAAAGUGCUUAUUCUUGUACUGUUGUAGGUUAGCUAUAUGUGGCAAUUUGGGAUUGUGGGAUAUCUAGGAAUUUCUCAAGUAAAUGUA